GAAACAAUAGGUUAGGCCUCGAUUACAAUUGCUAGGGGCAUAAUGUAAAUUCAGAGAAACACAGGGGCAUAUACAACAAGUUAUCUAGUAGUGUUUAACUAACACCAACCUUCUGAUUUGCGCGUGAAUUGCAUUCGCGGCCUGCAAGCGACCAGGUCGGAGACAUGCUCGCUUCUUGAUUCAAGCUCUUCGCACAGCCACUGUGAAUUAUUUUUUUACAAGUUUGCUUGUAGUAAUGGGCAGAAGGAAGCAGGCCCGUCCGCACAGGUCUGGUGGAUUACUUAUAGCAAACAAUGACGCUGCUGAGGUUGAAUUGGAUAAACAGAGAGCAACUGAGACUCUGUCUGCAGAAAAGGGGGAAUCUGUUGCCACUGACAUACCGUAUUAUGUAGAACUUGAUAGGUCCAAUUGGGCUUCAAAUGAGCAUCUUGAUAUAUCUGAAGUUAUCUUAAAUGAUAUGAAUUUGACAGAAGCAUAUUCUAGUUUCAGAAUAGAUGCAGACUUCUAUCAGGACUCCAAGUAUUUGUUAAGAUUUCGAGUGUGUAAUAUUGAUGAGUUUGUCCUUGAUCGUAUUAAGUUAGGUCAUUGGCCUGUGCUUUCCUCUAGUGAGGUAUCUUUGGAAUUGAUUGAGAAAUGCAUGGUUGAGGAUGAGGAAAUACAAUCACUAAUUUUCUCUGGGAGUCUUGAUGGACCGGACGAGGGUAUUACUGGUCUUGUUCACUUGACAAGUAUGGAAUUUUUGACAUUGAGGCCAGUUCUGGGCUUUAAGUUUUCAGAGGAGAUGAUGCCUGUGAGAGUUAGGGUGGAGAUACUUAAGAAAGCUUUUGACGCUUGUGAGUCCCUUCUAGAAAACACAAGGAACCUAUGGAAGAAGAGUAUGACAAAUGUCAUGGCCUGGCUGCGACCAGAAGUAAUGACUUCUGAGGCUAGGUAUGGGAUUACUAAAACUGCAAAUAUGGAACUUGACUUGGUUGCAGAGAUGGGAGAUGAUACCUCCAACUCUAGGAAACGUUCAAGGUUUGACGUUGCUGGAUUCUAUGAAGCUAUUAAGCCAUCAAAAUCUGCUCCAAUGCUUGAUGAUGACCUACCUGACUUGCUUCCUAUUCUGAGACCAUAUCAGCGUCGUGCAGCUCACUGGAUGUUGCAGCAAGAGAAAGGAGUUUCAAAAGAUUCAGGUGAAAGGGAAAUAAGUCAAUUCUUUUCUCCCUUGUGUAUGCCUGUGGAUUUUCUUGACGGUUCUUCAACAAUGUUCUAUAAUCCAUUCAGUGGCAACAUUUCAUUGUGCCCGAUGUUUACUUCACCAUAUAUCUUUGGUGGGAUUCUUGCCAACGAGAUGGGUUUGGGGAAGACAGUUGAACUGCUUGCUUGUAUAUUUGCACAUCGGAAGUUAGCAUGUGAAGAUGAAUGUGAAGAUGGCAUCUUCAUUAAUAAUGCAUGGCAAGAUGUGGGAGAUCAGAAAGUAAAUCUUAGAAGAUUGAAAAGAGAACGUGUUGAGUGCAUAUGUGGAGCUGUGAGUGAAAGCUAUACAUAUAAGGGACUAUGGGUACAAUGCGACAUUUGUGAUGCCUGGCAACAUGCAGAUUGUGUUGGUUAUUCAACUAAAGGGAAAAAGAAGAGAUCAAUGGUUGAGGUACAAAAACAUAGAAAGAAAACUACAAUCAGCUUUGUUGAGAGAGAUGGAGAGCAUAUUUGCCAGAUGUGCUCUGAAUUGAUACAAGCUACCGAUUCUCCAAUAGCUACCAGUGCCACUCUUAUUGUCUGUCCAGCACCUAUAUUACCUCAGUGGCAUGCUGAAAUUGCACGCCAUACACGUCCAGGUUCCUUAAAAACUUGUGUAUAUGAAGGUGUACGAGAUACAUCUCUUUCAAAUACAUCGGCAGUGGACAUUAAUGAAUUUAUUGGUGCUGAUAUUGUGUUGACAACAUAUGAUGUGCUCAAAGAGGAUUUGUCUCAUGACUCUGAUAGACAUGAAGGUGAUCGACACUUCCUGAGAUUCCAGAAAAGGUAUCCUGUUAUUCCAACUCUUCUCACCAGAAUAUUUUGGUGGAGGGUUUGCUUGGAUGAAGCUCAAAUGGUGGAGAGUAAUGCUACUGCUGCAACAGAAAUGGCUCUUAGAUUGUCUGCUAAGCACCGUUGGUGUAUCACAGGGACUCCUAUACAACGGAAACUUGAUGACUUGUAUGGACUUCUAAGAUUCCUUAAAGCAAGCCCUUUCAAUGUUUCUCGGUGGUGGAUUGAUGUUAUAAGAGACCCAUAUGAGAGGAGAGAUGCAGGAGCCAUGGAAUUUACACAUAAAUUCUUCAAACAAAUCAUGUGGCGGUCUUCAAAAAUACAUGUUGCAGAUGAGUUGCAACUCCCACCUCAGGAAGAAUGUGUCUCCUUGCUCACUUUUUCUGCAAUUGAAGAGCACUUUUACCAGAGACAGCACGAAACUUGUGUGAGUUAUGCCCGUGAAGUUAUUGAAAGUUUGAGAGAUGAUAUUCUCGAAAGAGGAGUCCCAGGUUGUUCCUCUUUGGAUGCUUCGGCUGAUCAUUUCAUAACCCAUGCUGACGCUGCAAAGCUACUUAACUCACUCUUAAAGCUUCGCCAGGCAUGCUGCCACCCUCAAGUAGGAAGUUCAGGGCUGCGUUCUGUACAGCAAUCCCCCAUGACUAUGGAGGAAAUAUUAAUGGUUCUUAUUGGUAAGACGAAGAUAGAAGGGGAAGAAGCUCUCAGGAAAUUAGUUGUUGCUCUAAAUGCACUAGCAGGAAUAGCUAUAAUUGAACAAAAAUUUUCUCAAGCUUCAUCAUUGUAUAAAGAAGCAUUGUCUCUAACCGAAGAGCAUUCUGAAGAUUUCCGUUUAGACCCUUUAUUGAAUAUUCACAUUCAUCAUAACCUUGCUGAGAUACUUCCAAAGGUCAUUGAGAGCUCCUCCCAACUCUCCUCAAAUGUACAACAAUUACAUGGAAACUGUGAGAAGUCCUCCAAGAGGGACAGCAUCGAAGAUUGUGAUAUAAAUGCUGCGAAGAGGCAAAGAGUUACUGGAGAGUAUAGUUCGGAUUUUACUAUUAAUGUUGAGAAUAUGCUAGUUCCAUCAGAAAGUUGCUUAAAUGGUAACCAAGGAAGAGAUGACAAAUCCAAUGUAUCAUCAAAAUCCUUCAGUGCGAGGUCAUUAAGAACAACAUGCGAGGAAUUGAAACAGAAAUAUCUAUCUGUAUUUGCCACAAAGCUCUCUAUGGCUCAACAAGACUUCAGGAAGUCAUACAUGCAGGUUUGUAAUGCAUUUAGUGACAGAGAAAAUCAAGAUACAGCUUGGUGGUUGGAUGCUCUUCAUGAGGCUGAGCAGAACAAGGACUUCUCAAGAGACCUGAUAAGAAAGAUUGAAGAGGCAGUCUCGGGAACUCUGAACAAUUCAAGGUCAUCAAGAAUUGGAUCUCACUUCCGAAGCAUUACUGCUUUAAAGUACCAUAUCCAGACUCGUUGGGACCAAUUGGAAGCCUCUAGGAGAACAUUACUUGAUCGACUUUUGGAAAUUGAUGAAACAAUGGAGAAACCAAAGGAAGAGGAUAUUGAACGUGUGAGGUGCUGUCGAAUCUGCCAAGCUAUUGAUGAUGGUCCUACGUGCAUUCACUGUGAACUAGAGGAAUUAUUUAAGGAUUAUGAAGCAAGGCUUUUUCGUCUUAACAAAUCCCAUGGAGGGAUCAUUGCAUCAGCUGAAGAGGCAGUAGAUCUGCAGAAAAAAAGCUCUGCAUUAAAUCGUUUCUAUUGGAAUUUAUCAGGGCCAAAUAAAAUUUUAUCUUCAUCUGUUGAUGCUAAUGAAACAUCAAAGAAGAGAGGUGCUGGGGAAAGAGUAAUGGUUUCAAAAUCACCCUCUGAAUUGGAGAUCAUUUUUGGUGUUUUAAAGAGCCAUUGCAAAGUCCAGUUGAGGAGGGAGGGACUUUCAGCAGCCAGCAAGCAGCUGCAUAUUCUGGAGGGCAUGAGGAAGGAAUACAGCCAUGCCAGGUCCCUGGCAGUUUCCCAAGCUCAACAUCUGCGUGCUCAUGAUGAAAUUAAGAUGGCAACUUCACGUUUGCAUCUAAGAGUAGAUGAGAAUGACAACUCAAUUGAUGCUUUAGGUCCAAAUGAAUUAGAGUCUGCAAGUGUGCUGCACUCAAAUGAAAAGUUCAUUUCCUUGACCUUGUUGUCACGUAUAAAAGGGAGGCUUCGUUAUCUGAAGGGUCUGGUAUUAUCCAAGCAGAAGUCACCAUCAGUAAGUUCAUAUAAUUCUUCAAUAACUCAAGAAAUGGCAACACUGGCGAUGUCUACAGAGAAGACAAGUGAAGACUUACCUAAAGAUGUUGAGGAAUCAUGUCCAAUCUGUCAAGAAAAGCUAAACAAUCAAAAGAUGGUUUUCCAAUGUGGGCAUUUUACUUGCUGUAAAUGUUUAUUUUCCAUGACUGAGCAAAGACGGCAUGAUAAUAAGUUCCAACGCAAAUGGGUAAUGUGCCCAACAUGUCGGCAGCAUACAGAUUUUGGGAAUAUUGCCUAUGCAGAUGACAGACAAGACAAAUCUUGUAAUAUGGCUAUUUUAAAUACAGUUGAAGGUUAUGAAAAAUAUGAAGCGUCUUUGGCUGUUCAAGGUUCAUAUGGAACAAAGAUUGAAGCAGUCAUGAGGAGAAUCUUGUGGAUCAAGUCUUCUGAUCCUGAAGCCAAAGUUCUGGUUUUCUCAAGUUGGAAUGAUGUUCUUGAUGUGUUAGAACAUGCACUCGAUGCGAAUGGUAUCACCUAUAUUCGGAUGAAAGGAGGCAGGAAAGCACAUACUGCCAUCAGUGAAUUUAGAGGGGAGAAAAACAAUUCAAAAGUGAGUCACAAAAUACAUGGCCAACAAAAGAAACCAAAAUCGAUUCAAGUGUUGCUUCUCUUAAUCCAACAUGGAGCCAAUGGCCUUAAUCUUUUAGAAGCACAGCAUGUUGUUCUUGUGGAGCCACUACUUAAUCCUGCAGCGGAGGCACAAGCAAUCAGCCGAGUACACCGAAUUGGGCAGGAAAGAAGAACAUUGGUCCAUCGCUUUAUAGUUAAAAACACAGUGGAAGAGAGUAUAUAUAAACUGAACAGGAGUAGAGACACUAGUUCAUUCAUAAAUGGCAAUACAAAGAAUCAGGAUCAACCUCUCUUGACACUUAAAGAUGUUGAAUCUCUAUUUGCGACAGUAACAUCCACAGUUCCAAAAUGUGAUGAAGAGCCGACUGAAAGUCUAAGACAUUUGCCUCCUUCUGUGGCUGCUGCUAUUGCAGCUGAGAGGAGACUGAAGGCGAAUAAUACAACGUAACAUUUUCUGUUUUUUGCAAUAACCAUUCUUUCAAAUAUGCGAAAAACACCAGAAUAGAAUUGCAGUAGAGCAGCCUUCAACAAGCGGGAAGCAUUAAUUCUUCCAUCAAUAUUUUGUAGGUUAGACCAAAGACGUGUACAGUUUAGAAAUUAGUUUGUUGCUGUAUAUAACUUUUAAAGUCAAGCUACAGGAAACAGAGUUACAAAGAUUAGCUAGCUCCAAUUCAAGCUCAUUGUAUUGUAGAUAACUAAUAUCUUAUUCACUACUUGUGGUCCUCUUUUUUAAACUUUCUUCAUUAUCACAAAACAAUCUAGAUAGGGAGCACUUAAAGUUUGUCUUAUUCUAUUGUUGGAACAACUUCCUCGAGGGGGAAGUACAGGGUUCUUUCUUGUAUGAAUGAAUGGCCUAUGGGAACUUUUUUGAUUGCCAUUUUUUUAAAA